AUGGCACUCGUCUCGGGCCCGCAAUGCGCAGUGCGAGAAUCCGGCUUCUUGAGUUUUGACCCACGGCCAAAUGCGCCUCGAGACUUUGUAAUUUUCGAGGUUGAGUCUUUCGACGGCCUCGUCGAGCCCGUCGUCGCUAUUGUUGUCGUAUAUGAAGAAUUUUUCGACUCCGAGCCAAGAAUGGUACAUUAUCCACUCACGUAUGGCCGAGGCUUGGUUCCAAACCAUCGUGCAAACGCAAAGCUCGUGUCUUUUCUUGAUUGUUUUAUUAUUAUUAUUAUUAUUAUCUCUCGAUUUGGGUUUCGAGGAGUCGAUGAUAAUCUUGGCCACGGAUGGCACGAGAGCACGGUUAUGAUGGACGCGAGGCGUGAAUCCUACGGUUAUGCGGAUUUGUUGAGAUUUGUGAUCGAUUUUACGAAGGGCAAUCGGAAGGGGACACCUCACGACUUCUUGAGCGGCGGUUAA